UGCAGAACGCUGGAUAUCAGACAGUUUGUAUGUACAACGCAACGUAUAUGGACAUACAAUACGAGCGAAAGCGGCUACAUUCGAUGCAAGGUGGACCAAGCGAGAGAUCAGUGUAACACAUCCAUUUUCUUCAGACGGAUGUACUUUUAUGAUGAGCAACACCGAUGGAUUGCCAAGAAGCUCGAGGGAUUAUUUUCGAAGCAGCAAAAAGAUGUUAUGCAAGUCCGCAACAAAGGGCGUGUGUUCCUCUUCAAGGAAAAGGUGCUUUUUAUGAGCAAGAGGCACCGCUGCGCCGUAAUGAAGGUUAAGCAACAACACCUCGGCUGGGAAACCUACUACGACUUGCGGCUUUGGGAUGCCUGGGUAAAGAUAGGACCUCACGCUAAAUCUGUGCAACAAUUUGCGAAGCAUGCGCACAAGGGAAAGGUUAUUUAUGGGCCGCUAUGUGACAAUAUCCUUCAAAUUAACUGAAAAACACUACGCGGGCUCUUAAGUGGUUAAGAUAACAAUAUAAUUAACAUUGGCUAAAAUAAACAUCAACGUAGUAAAAUUGACAUGACUAUAAUAUAGCUGGCAAUGCAUGAUAGAAAAUUAAAGCAAACUUUAGGUAAGCAAAAAUACUCGUAUUUCUCUUCUUUGUCUCUUUGUCUCUUCUUUCUCUUCUUUGUCAGCGCAAGCAAUUAGCGGCGACUUCUUUUCUAUUUUUAUGAGUCCGUAUAUCUCAUUUGAACGCGAUAGCGUUCAACAGCUCGUUUGGCAGAACUUAGGGUGUCGGCCUAAGUGUCGGCUUCAUUGGUUGUGAGCCGAAAGUAAGCGUUGUCUAUGAGAUAAAAUUUGAGAUAGAUGGCAAUAAAAAGAGUUGUAAAAACCUGGGUUCGAGUGGGAU